CUUAGUAUUAAUAUGUCUUAUCUUUUCCUUACAUCUAGGACUGAUCAUUUGAAAGGACAUUCGAAGAAAGUUAAAAGACCGAGAUCAAGUCGUCUACGUCUGAGGUUUCGUAUCUCACAUCGAGUAGCGAAAUACUGGAAUUCUCCACCAGAACACCUUCUGUUUAUAUAUUCAAAACGAGAUUGGACAUCCACGGUGUUACAGACUGCAAGAAUUAAUAUAGGUCGAUAGACAUCUUAUUCUUAUUACUGAAGACUGUGGACUGAAGACGAAAUGAACUUGAUAAACCUGCUAUUUUAUCCCGCACCACUUGACUUGUUGCGUUUCUUAUCAUUAUCCAUUUCACAAUAAGUGUAAAGUAAAACUCGUGUGAAUAUUAACUAAAUGUGUUCCGAAUUUCUGAAGGUAUAAAAGCCGUUUGGGAAGUAAAUUAUCCCAGACUUGAAACCAAUUUCACGAGACUAUUUCAACAUACCCACUUGUCGUGGUUACUGAUUCAUGGGCCGAAAGGGUGUUCGUAAUGCUCGCUAUAAAGUUAAAAAUCGUACAAGGGAUAUCGACCAGAUAUCUAGUGACCUCAAAGAGGAAAAUUUUGCUAAACGAGUUAGUGAAGCUACAGAACCAGACGAAGAUAAGCCUGGUCUUGGUCAAUUCUUUUGUAUCUUUUGUGACAAGUAUUUUAUUGAUCAGAUCACUCUUGAUCUUCACAAAAAGCAGAAGCCUCAUAAAAGAAGGUUAAAGUCUCUGGAUGAACCUCCACAUACACAAGAAGAUGCAGACCUUGCUGCUGGAAUUCUAAAGGAUGAUUAUAAAAUAUCUUCUAAAAAGCUAUGUAUAUCACCUGAUUUGUGUCAACAGAGCGUACAAUUAAUACCACCUGUUUCAUAUACUUAUGUGGAAUAAAAAUUCACAUUUUUCAGUCAUGAUUCCCAUACUGUACAGUAUCUUGAUUUUACUGUAAUUUUUCUUGUACAGUGGUUAAAUUUUGAAAUUUCAUUUGAAAUACAGAAAUGGAAGUUUGAGACUUAGUAUUGUGAUAAGCGAUGCUAUGUAGAUAACUUUUUGACUUGUCUUGACCAAUUGUAGCUUCCGUUUAUGCGGUAAAAGUUAUGAGUGGUCAUUAUAUAUAAAAUGUGAAAGGAAUUUGCUACGUAAUCUGAGUCGAAUAUUUAUGCCUCGAAGUAGAUCAAGGUGGAGGUCAACUUUCCCUCUUCGCUUUGCUGAAUUCUUUAUGCAUCAAAUAAAAGAAAUAUGUUAUACGUACCAUCGAGAUACUAACAUUCUCAGAUAUGUAUGCUAUAAGUGGUUACAGUUGCCAAACAGUUUGAACAAAUCCCUUACUAGUUAACCAUGAAAUAGAAUUUAUAUGGUGUCUAUUUGCAUUACGUUCAGAAUAAAAUAAUUCGUAACAAUUGAUUAUCAAUAAAAGUCAAAGGUUGUUGAAUUCACCCAGAUAUUCUCAUGUUAACUAAGUAUGUAUCGGUAAUUCAAGACAUCACUAAAGUUCAACUGCUUCAUUAUGUUCCUGAAAUCGAUCAUGACAUUACAUUAGAACGAUUAUACUACUUACAAGUAGUUCAACAAUAUUUGCCAAUAAUAUUGGUCAAUAUUGUGUAUGGCAAGAAAUAAUAUUUAAUCACUUGCCCAGUUAAGCAUGAUUAUUGAUACACAGUUAAAAAGUGAGCUGUUUAAAUUGCUGCUGAUAAAAGAACAUACAAGGAGUAAUUUUUUACCCACUCUAACCUCAUCAACGAAAUAGAUGCUGUGUUUAAACGGCAAAGUUCAAACUUGUCAUUAAACUACUUACACCUAUUUUUAUUCACACGAUCAUAGUGAGAGAAAUCUAAAACGAACACAUACUAGCCAACCAAACUAUAAAUAUACUAACGUUUCUUAUUGUGCUUCUUUCCUCCAUUUACCAUUGUUAUUUGAAAUAUAAUUCGUUCCUGUUCAACCGUAUUCUGAUUUGGGGACUUGUCGAAUGAAUUGGUGUCAAACAAUGCAAUAGAAAUAGCUGGGUCGUAAUAAGAGAAAUUAUAAGAGCACCAAUAUUAAUAGUGAUUAUCAACCUUUUG